AUGAGACGAGGAUUUCUCAAGGCAAAGGGCAAAACGCUCUUUGACUCGGAGCCGCCAUCCGCCAAACAGGAGCCCCCAAUCCGUAUCGUUGAAAAAAUACCAUUUGGAAAGGUGGAAGACGCUGGGAUCCCCGAUGGCUACGAUGGCAGCUCCAAGCUUAAAUACCAGCAAAACGAUUCACGAAAAAUCGAUUACGAUGACAAUUAUUUGGUCUAUACGACCGUCCCAAUGGGAUUUACUCACAAAGCCGACGACCCUGACGGCCAUAGUGAAUGCAUUAUACAUGGCCCUACGAAAGCGAAGAUCGUGAAUACCCCCGGAUAUCCGUGCACCAUCCCGAAGCCCCGCCGCCCCAACAUGUGCGUGAUCAAGCCGGUCGCGGAUAUGGGUCUUGGCGUUUUCGCAACGUGCAACAUCAAAGUCGGCGAGCUCAUCUUCUCAGAACGCCCUCUCCUCGUCGCGCCUCGGGCAAUGGAGGCCCCAACUAAACCACCUGUAUCGAGCAAUUUCACCAUUGAUCAGCAAAAGCAAAUCGCUAUGUAUGAAUUCGAGAAGGUCCUUCAAUGUGCCGUCGGUCGUAUGAGUGCUGAGCGGCGUGCUGCCUUGAUGGCACUUGCCAAUUCACACAAGGAGGAUGGGAGUGGUCCGAUCCUGGGCAUCAUGCGAACAAACGGCUUCUCGAUUGCUACUGAAUUAGGUGAUGGGCCGGCGCCGGCUCCCGGACAGGAAUACCCCUCGGAACGCAGCUACAGCGCUAUUUGCGACAUGGGGUCUCGGAUCAAUCACAGUUGCAUGCCAAAUGUGACGACCUCCUUCAUGCUCUCGUCCUUCUCCAUGCAGUUCGUGGCGAGUCGGGAGAUCAAGGCGGGCGAGCAGCUGUUUUAUUCAUACUGCGGGGUGGUUCAGAGUGCCGCAGACAGGCAGGAGGAGCUGGCGCCGUACGGCUUUGAGUGCAAGUGCCCCGCCUGCGCCAACGCGACGCCCGAGCGAGACAGACUGCGCAUUGAAUUUCAGGACAAGGUCCUCGGCCUGGUCCGUGACGUCUCGUGGAUGCGAUACCCUCCGGAUCGCGACUUCUUGGGUCGGAUGCUUCGGUAUGAUCAAGAUGUGGUUGCCGAAGGACUGAACUCACAGAGGAUGUACCGCUUCGUGGCUUCAAUCAUCGGCCACCUGUUGACCCAGUUGGGUAUGAAUCAGCAGGCCAAGCGGUACCUAGAGCUGGAACAAGCUUGGAAGGAGAUCAUGAAAGACAGGUCGUAA